AUGCACAAUACAGGGCGCCGCAUAAGCCAACCCCCCGGUAGACUCAACCGCCGCAUCAGCCAAGCAACUGACAGACCAGGUCGUCGUUUGAGCAACCUCGCUCAUUUGAAUCGAGGUGGACUCAAUGUGGAACAAGAAGAAGAAGAAGAAGAAGAAGAAGAAGAAGAAGAAAAAGGAGGAGGAGGAGCAGCAGCACUGCCUGAUUCGUCUGAUCUGCCUGCUCCUAUGGUUGCAAUCGAACUUCCCCAUGUGGACCCAUCUUCUUUGAAACUGGACAAUGGUGGUCAGAGUAGAGACAAGGAGAACGAAGCGGUUUCUGCUCCGUACUCUGGAAGUUUUUCUUUUGAAGAAGAAGUUGCUUCUGCUAGGAAAUCUGGUACUGGCCCUCAGGAGCUGCCCCCAGAAAACGAGCCAUAUAAACCGCCUAGUCUACGAACCCUUAGCAUACAGUCUUAUACUAGUUCUUCUAGUAGACCGUCGCUCUCUUCGGAGCCUCUCUUUGGAGAACGGUCCGCUUCAGAGCAUGCUUCCGAACGCCAGCCCUCCGAAGAGAUUCUCCAGCAUAAACCAGAACAGAGCGAAACUUCCUUCGGGCAAAUGGUUCGCGCAAGAUUAGAGAGAGAAGUACGGGCACGUGAAGAAUAUAUAGCCACUACGGAGCAGUUCAAGUACGGAAGGCUGCAGGAGGCAGGACUUUUGCGACUGCAAUGGAUCGAGCAUCCUAGUGUGUCGGACUGCCCUAUUUUUAAAUCUACGCUAACCUUCGACGCUUUUCAUCAGAUGAUCCCUUCGGGUAACGUGCGAACCGAGAAUAUCGCAUCGGAUAUGGAAGACUAUAUUGUUGGUCUGGGACUUCCCAAUGAAUUUGUCGAACAUGUUGAAGAAUCUGUGUAUAGAGCUUUUGACUACACGUCUGUAAGAGGGGAGAUGCAAUGGGUAGGACGUACCGGGCCAGGCGUUAUUUUUCUCGAAGUACUCGAGAGUAAGAAAGGCUUUCCGCAUAUCUCCGACAUUACCCUGGCUUUUUACAAGAGAGAUUUCCCCAUUGACACAUUGAAAUACAUCUUCGUUUGUAUUGUGGUCCAGCCAGAGACACUUAACUUUGUCCGCGACCUCUUAUACCCUGCUAACAGCAUCCCUUGGCCGAAUGAUAAGCCCCAAGCUUGGAGUUUGGGCACACCAGAAUAUGAAGCCUUACUAGGCACCAGGAUUGGAAAGAUGGUCGCAUAUACUGUCUUAGGCGGAUUCAACCGAGGCACCCGACGGAUUAAACAAAUUCUGAGCUGGCCUACUGCGCAAGGCUUCGUUAAUCUGCGAUUUGACAUUGAGCCCUCUGAGAAGGAACCCCCUGAGAAGGAGCAGUCUGUAAAGACAAACUGGGACGACAGCUCAUCCUCGGAUGGACCCACCGUAUCUGAACAAAGUAUGCCGAGGAAUUUGGAGGUACACGGGCCGGAAGCAGCGAAGUUUCUAUAG